CCCCACAUUACACACACUUAUAAAAAGUCAGUGCAUUUUUCGAAUUCGAAAAGUGUUUUGGGGGUGGGAAAGCUCCCCUUUCAAAUGUGUGUGUGUUUUUACUUGAUUUGUAUAGACAGAGUGGAUUCUAUUUCAGUCCCCACCCAGACUGCUUGUGACUCCUAUGAGAGAAGGGGAGGGCACUGGAGUGCUGUGAGACUGCUCCAAAACAAGUGGCAGCUUGAUAGCGCGCAGGCACACACACUUGCACCCAAACUGCUACACCUCCCUCUACUCAUCUGCUUCUCUGCCCCUCGGCCUGGAUCAGACCCUGCCUUCAAAAUCAUUUGCAGCUUAAGCUAGUAGUGAAGAAAAAGGUGCAAAGAUGCUGGUCGUCCUGGCUUUCAUUAUCAUCUUUCACAUAACAUCCAUAGCACUGCUCUUCAUCUCCACCAUAGACAAUGUCUGGUGGGUAGGAGAUAACUUCUCUGUUGACAUUUGGAGAUCCUGUUUAACCAACGGCACCAACACAGUGUGCAAUGACAUUGCAAGCAGUAACCCAUCAUAUCAAGCCAUUCAGACCAUCCAGGCAACAAUGAUCCUAGCUACUAUCUUGUGCUGCAUUGGGUUUUUCAGUUUCAUCCUUCAGCUCUUCCGCCUCAAACAAGGAGAGAGAUUUGUGCUAACUGCCACCAUUCAGAUAUUGUCAUGCCUCUGUGUCAUGAUUGGUGCCUCUAUUUACACUUCCAUGCACGACCAGUUCCACCCAGAGCUUAAACCCGACGCCGGCAAAUUUGGCUACUCAUUUGUCAUCGCCUGGAUCGCCUUUGCCUUCACACUAACGAACAGCAUCAUGUACCUUAUACUAAGAAAGCGCAAAUAAUGACCACGGCAGCUAGUCCAUUUCUUAUCACUACAGAAACCAAAUCCAGAUAAUCGUUUUGUAUAUAACCAUUUAUUGUGGUUUUGUAGUAAAGGUAUUGUUUCUUAAAAA